AUGGAAUUUUUCCCAAGAAUCAUCUGCGAUCUUCUUAGCAAGAUAUAUUGCUUGAUACAGACAAAUAAAUUUUGUACUAAAAGAGAACUCUAUUACCAGAAUGUUAGCUGGUAUGGAAAACAAAGCAUCAUUGAUAACCUGGUUGAUGACAUAGCUUGCCUUUUUAAAGUUCCACGGCGAGAACUACAUGUACUAGCUACAUCUAAAGGAUGCAUAGCAGGUGACUUAAAAUUCAAAGAUGCCGAAGGAAAUUAUGUGGACUGUUCUGCUACCAUUUCUGGAGUUCUAGUUCCAAGUGAUGUCCAAGGCAUAGAAUGUCUUUGUACUGAGGCUAAGUUUGUACUGCUUAUUGAAAAGGAUGCCACAUUUCAAAAACUUCUGGAUGAUGGGUUUACAAGAAAUUUUUAUCCAUCCAUUUUGAUCACUGGUAAAGGUUUCCCUGAUAUUAAUACGAGAGAACUGUUACAUAAGCUUUGGACAGAUAUGGAAAUCCCAAUUUUGGCUCUGAUGGAUGCAGAUCCUUUUGGAAUAGAAAUUCUACUGAUUUUUAAAUAUGGUUCCCUUUCUUUAGCAUAUGAUGUGCACAAUCUAGCCACUCCCUCAAUUCAAUGGUUGGGGAUUCAUCCUACUGACAUAGAAAGGUUAAAGAUACCUGAUGAUGCACUACAACCAUUGAGUAAGCUAGAUCUAUCUAAAAUUGCUGAUAUGAUGCAGAGACCUUAUAUGACCCACAAUCCUGAAUGGAAAAAUCAGGUGGAAACAAUCCACAGAAUGAAGAAAAAAGCAGAAAUUCAAAGUCUCUCAAUGAUUUCACCAAGCUUUCUUACUGAAGUCUACCUACCUAGCAAAAUCAGGCUUGGUGGCUGGAUUUAGUUUUAAAACCAAAUUAUAGCACUAAAAUCAACAAAAGCAACCAUACAAUCAUGUAUUUUGUUUCUUUUAGAGUUUAGAAUAAUCUUCAAAAUCUAAAGUAAUA